AUGGAGGGUGUUAAGAAUUACAGAAGUACGAGUCGAGUGAAUGGGUGGUCGUGGCCACCGCAUCCCCUGCAGAUUAUUUUAUGGAUCACCAUCAUUUAUUUCAUAGUCUUUUAUUACUGCACAUGUCUGCCUGCCUUGGUCUCCAAUUUGCAAACUCUUAACUACAUUCUAACAUUGAUAAUGCUCAUCCACAUCAUCUUCCACCUGAUGGCUUCAUCCAUCAACCCUGCUGAUGAAAACGUUUUGAUAAAGUUCAACUUGGGCUCGUAUGUAGUAGCUCCAUUCGAUAGGAAGAUUCACAAUCAUGUCAUCGAAAACUGUAGAUGUAACAUAUGUGGUGUGGAUGUGUUAGUAGUUGUAUUUUGCUGUAAUGGAAAUAUAUCAAAUUAUCUUUUGAAAAAUUUUGUUAGUUUGGGUUAA